AUGACCUGGCUACAGGUCCAGUGGUCGAGGGACCGUAUAUCGCGUCAACUACUUGGAAUUGAAAAAACUCUAAAAACGCUCAAAAGAUGCGACAUAAUCAAGAAAGCUUUGGUUGCGGUUGAAGGAGGUUUCGAUACACAGCCAAAAUCUCCGAUAAUAAACGUCAGCGUAAAGAUUUUUGAACGAAAGAGUUACUGGUUAUUGCAAGAUCCGCUUAAUCUCAAUGUGCAAGCGAGAACUUGUCGUUGGGACUUUUUCAAAAUGGGACAACGUGCUCCACUGAAUAAUCUUAAUGGAUCAAACCGCAAAGAUGAUACUUUCACCGCAGUUCUUCCUAAAGUGAAGACAGAGGCUAUCUUGAGUCAAGGUAUCGAUUAUAUGUUGAAUUUCGCUAAUGAUCCAAAACUUGAGGAUUUCGGAAUAGUAGUCAACACACAAAUAGCAAAGACUCUCGGUCGAAUUUUGGAUCCUCUGAUUAUAGCUUAUCAUUCGCUUCCUAAGUACAGUGCAAAACUCAAACCACAUAAUGAAACUUGGAAUUUUUGUAGAUGA